UAAAUUCCUCACUCGCUCUUCCGGAGUUUCGCUACCUGAUAUUUCAAAUUAAAAACACCACACGACAGAAGGGAAUAUUAAUCAUAUGAACAAGAAUAACUGAAUGUCUGUAUUGUUAUACCAACGAUUUAAACUGAUACACAGAUGCAUAUAUUAUGAAAGGGAUUUGACGGAUCAAUAUUCGCUAACAGAUGACUUCAGUUACUCGUCGUUUAAUACACAUGCAGUGGUUUGUGAGUGAUCAUCAUGGCUUCACUGGUGGAUUAUGAGGAUUCUGACAGUGAUUCGGAUCAAGAUCUUCAGUCUGCUGCUCCUCAUCCUCACCUGGAGCUUUAUAAAGAUCAGUCCCUCAUCAUGAGCUCUUCGUUAUCCUCAUCAUCAUCAUCAGUAGUAAGUGUGUCUGGCUGCAGGAAGAGAGCUCAGCCGCAGCCGGCCGGAGUCAGGCCGUAUGUUCCUAAGAGGGAGCGAGUGUCCACCGCAGCGGCCCAGACCCCAGAGACACCUCACACACCUCACACACCUCCACCUGCCGGAGCUCGUCUGCUGUCCGAGGUCUCCGAGAGGGUCCGGCCGUUCCUGGCACUAAAGCCCGGUCGGGUCGAGCUGCCCAGACGAGUGCAGUGUCUCAUUCAGGCCCACCAGGGUCCAGUGAACACACUGCAGUGGAGUCCAGUGGAUCAUCUCAGUCACCUGCUGCUCUCCGCCUCCAUGGACAACACCUGCAAGGUGUGGGACGGUGUCGGCGGUGGGCGGAGCUUACGCACUUACUCCGCCCACAGGGGCGCGGUGCGUGAUGCGUGUUGGCUGCCGUGUGGGCGUCGCCUCCUCUCGGGGUCGUUCGACGGCACGGCGGCGCUCACGGACGCGGAGACGGGUCAGACCGUCGCUCAGAUGGACAACGGUUUUAAGGUGACCUGCGUCGCCCCGCAACCUUCCGCCCCCGACGUGUUCCUGAGUGGCGGCUUCAGUUCAGAGGUCAAAGCCUGGGACACCCGCUGCCGUAAGGUGCUGCGCGUGUACAAAGCUGCGGUUCAGCAGACGCUGGACGUCUUGUUCCUGAGCGGCGGCCGCGAGUUCGUGAGCAGCACCGACGCCGUGAGCCGAGACUCGGCCGAGCGAACGCUCAUCGCCUGGGACUUCCAGACCACCGCCAAACUCUCCAACCAGAUAUUCCACGAGCGCUACACCUGCCCGAGUCUGAGCGCUCACCCGCUGGACGCUAGCUUCAUCGCUCAGACUAACGGCGGCUACAUCGCGCUGUUCUCCGCCCAGAGGCCGUACCGCAUGAACAAGAGACGCCGCUACGAGGGUCACAAGGUGGAGGGUUUCGCAGUGCAUUGUGGGUUCUCUGCAGACGGAAGCGUGCUCGUCUCUGGCAGCUCUACAGGAUCUGUUCACUUCUACGACUAUCAGAGCUCACGGAGCCUGAAGACGCUGGACGCUCAUGAACACGCGUGUGUGUGUGCCGCGCUCCACCCCGUGUUACCCGCCGUCACGGCCACCUGUGAUUGGACAGGAGAGAUCAAGAUAUGGACCUGAUCUUUCAUCUGCACAAGGACGUUCAAUAAUAAUAAACAGAUUUAUAGUUAUGUGA